AUGGGCGGCGUCACUUUCAUGGAGGGCAACCCGGACCGGAAGUUCCCCGAGUCCCGGGUCCUCAUCAUCAUGACCGGCGGCACGAUUUGUAUGCAGCCCUCCGCUGAUGGCCUCGUCCCAAUGAGCGGCUUUCUCGAACUUGCCAUGGCUCCCCGACCUUCCUUCAACGACAGCACGGCUCCGUCCACCAAUAUAACAGCCUACACAAAAGAAGGCCACAAACUCACCCUAUCCUCCCUCCGGACCCCCACCUCAGCCUACUGCAAACACAUCCGCUACUCCAUCCUCGAGUUCUCCCCCCUCCUCGACUCCUCUAGCAUCGCAUCAGCAGGGUGGACAGACAUCGCCCUCACCAUCCAGCAAAACUACCACCUCUUUGACGGCUUCGUCAUCCUCCACGGCACCGACUCGCUAGCUUACACCGCUUCGGCCCUGUCGUUCAUGCUCUCUGAUCUCGGCAAACCAGUCAUCCUCACCGGCUCCCAGGCCUCAAUCUUUGCCCUCCAAUCCGACGCCGUCGACAAUUUACUGGGCAGUCUCAUCAUCGCAGGCACAUUCACCAUCCCGGAAGUCUGCCUUUUUUUCCAUCACACUUUGUUCAGAGGGAACCGCACAACAAAAGUCUCGGCCUCAAGCUUCGAAGCGUUCGACUCCCCCAACUCUGACCCCCUGGCGAAGGUGACAAGUUUGGGAGUAGAUGUAAACUGGGGUUUAGUCCGGCGCCCAACCCGCAUCAAAGAAUUCAACGUCACCAAAACCCUCGACACGACUCACGUUGCCUCGCUUCGCAUCUUUCCCGGCAUCUGGCCUCAGCUGGUCGACUCUGUCCUUCGUGUCCCUGACCUGAGGGGUUUGGUUCUCGAGACGUUUGGCAUGGGGAAUGCGCCGGGGGGUGUGGAUGGGCAUCUCACAAAGGCGAUCAAACAGGCGGUUGAGAGGGGGAUUGUCAUUGUCAAUGUCAGCCAGUGUACUAAUGGGUUUGUGAGCCCGUUGUACGCGCCGGGGACGGCGCUGGGGAGGGCGGGGGUGGUGUUUGGGGGGGAUUUGACGACGGAGGCGGCGUUGACGAAGCUGAGUUAUUUGCUGGCGUUGAAGGAUAGGGGGACGGUUGGGUUGGAGGAGGUGAAGGAGAUGAUGGGACGGAGUUUGAGGGGGGAGAUGACGGAGUUGAGGGUUGCGAGCUUUGUUCACCCGGCUGGGGUGGUGGAGGAAGAUGUGGUGGGGAAGAUUACGGCUGCGGAAUCAGCCUUUACAGCCCUAGGCUACGCAAUCAGCAACGGCGACCUCCGCACCGUACGGGAGCUUUUGGAAGGGGACGAGUUCAACCACCAGCUCCUCAAAAAAGCGGACUACGCUGGCAACACGGCCGUUCAUCUUGCCGCUGUCGGGCCCGAGCCAAAGAUCCUCAGGGAGGUCCUCGAGCGGGGCGCUAGCGUACACGUCAGGAACCGGGCGAACAACACGCCGCUUUAUUUGGCGGAAAAAAUGGUUGCCAGCGGGACGACGCCGAAGAGCGAGGAGUGUGUCGGUUUGUUGAAGGAGGCGGGGGGCCAUCUGUGGUUGGAGAAUGAGGAGAGCAUGGCUAAUAGCCGGAGGGGUUCUGUGGGGGGCAGGGAGAAUGGAAAUGGAGUUAACGCCAAACCAGCCGAGGAGAAGUUGACUUUGGAAGUGGAGGCUCCUCUCCUUGGUGACCCAGAGAGUUUUCUCUGGGGGGGUGCGACGGAGAAGGUCCGUCAGGAACACGACGCUGUGUGGAAGAACGCGAUGGAGAGAGUUCGCAAGGAGCAGGAUUCUGUCAUUGAAAGAGCACGCAAGGAGCUGGAUACCAAAUUGAGGCAGGAACUCGCAAUGGUCGAGGCUGAGAGGGCCAGGCUGCUGAAAAUUGGGGAUACGCCGAAUGUGCAGGGUGGUGCUGACGAUAUCGAGUCGACAACGGGAAAGAUCAUCAACUGA